AAAAAGGAAAGAUUGUGUGUAUUUUUGCAUUCUAAUUCCUGCCCUUCAUGUCCUUUGAUACGGCGGUGUACGCAGUAGUGAAUUUUCGCCGCGGCACGUGUCCGUGUCCGUGUUAGUAGCUGCCCGCGUUCGCUUCUUCCGCCGUGCCAACCAAGCAAAAGCGGAGGUGCCACCGUCGUGUCGCGUACGAGCAACUUUCGAAGAGGCUGCAACAGCGGGCCGCAAGUGGGACAGUGUGGAGGCACUAUUUUCGUAUAGCCACGGUACUGUAAAAAGCGAUCAAGACGCCGAUCGUAACCGAGAAAUUGCCCCGCAGAAGAGGUCAAGCUUUGGGCUCGAAAAUUGCUCUUCGAUCGAAAAGGCAGCAGGCCCCCCGUCGGAAGCUGGUCCAUCCACCAUUUAUGGACCUCCCGAGGAAUCUGCAUGAUUGUUACUUCUUCUACUACUCAACAUGUAAGAAGGGUACCAGCUGCGAGUACCGCCACGAGCCGGCGGCGCUCGGACACGAGAAGACGUGCAAGAUGUGGGCGGAAGGAAAGUGCUACAAUCGCACCUGCACCAUGCGCCACAUGAAGAUCGAAAAGCCGCGCUCGGCGACACCGUGCUUCUGGGAGGAUCAACCGGGCGGAUGCCGCAAGCCGCACUGCGUGUUCCAGCACAAGAUCCCGAAGCCCUCGCAGCCGACGACGAGCAACGUGGGUGUCCCGGUGCAGCCGGCAGCCGCUGCUGCCGCGGCAAAUGCUGCCACCCACCUGCUUCACUCUACUUCGGCCGCCGUCGUACUGGACUACAACUAUGCCGCUUUGCUGCCGAGAAUCAUCUAAGCGACCAGCAGGCGAACGCUUCUCGCGGGGCAUCAUGGCGACCGUGUGUGCGGCUCGCCAUGUGGUUUGUGUCCUGCGAUCAUCCUGGACGACGAUAUUAGGCUGAACCGCAAAACUAACAUGGAGGACACUAUGCACACCAGCUGAUAGGAUUGUUGCAUCGAUACUGUAGCCGUGAGUGGGUGUGUGUGUCCCAUACUAAAGAUCCAGCUAAAGUACACAUCCUUAGUUUGCUCUUAUACUAUCGUAAUGUUUGGUUGAAGGAAGGCAACUAUUUGAAGCUGUUUUGGGCACUUUUCUCAAAGAAAAUGUAUUUAUUAUAAUUAUAUUAUUUUUUCGCGCUUAACCUUAUCAUUCAUCUCAUCAUCAGCAGUGGAUGGGAAAUUAGCAUCCUGAAAUCCAGAACAGGCAUCUAGCGAACUCGAAUAGCUAUAAGAACCUUAGCGAAAACUGUUGACCGGUUUGGCGAGCGGAUAUCCUUUCCAGCAGCUUAUGGGCAGAAAGUUAAACUCUACGAAACAAAGUUAUGGCGCGAAGCCCGGCAAAUGGACGAGAAACCAUAGAAGGAAACGAUAGUCGUUUAGAUUUGUUUCACGGUCGUACUGAAUGCUUUCAGCACUCAGCAUCAUGCGUACCACGAUGAGUGCAUUAAAUCUCCACUUUCUUUGUUACUUUUUACGCAUACAAACACUGCAAUGAAGCAGAAAAAGAAAGGACCCACCCGCUCACACAAAAGCCCGCGUAUGGCGAGAAGUUAAUUAAGGGUAUCUUAGAGCAAGUUGUUUCUUUUUCCCAGUUGUUUUUCUAUUUUUGUUAAACCAAUUCUUCUUUACCACACAUUUUGCAAAUCUCUCGGCUUGAUUGUGCACGUUGCAUAAAGUGUUGUUGUUCACAUUUGCAAACAAGUAAUAUGAAUUAUACUCGAAACAGGAAGCCCCUAACGAUAGUGUUCCACUUGCUCUAUUGGUAGACGGAUGUCCGAAUGGUUAGUUAACUUUUUUUUCAUGUAUUUUGUUUUUGGUGAAGGUUUGUGAUUGAAAGUUCCUUAUCAAAAAAUAUUACAAAAGGAAUCUAAACAAAGUCAGUCGCGCAGUGCAUGCUCAUAAAUGAAAAUAGUAAAAAUUCAUAGUAGAAGACAGACUUAGAACAGCAAAAAAAAAAAUCCAUCGUAUGAUUUAUGUUCAAACUCAAAUAUUAUUUUCAAUUGCUAUAACACUGAACGAUAAGAACAUGGAUACAGUUCAGAAACAAAACACAUACAAAUGAGAAUUGGUAUCGUGCGACACCUGGAAAAGGGUGGUAAGAAAAGUAAUAUGAGUAUAGACAAAAGCAGAAUGUUACACAUUUUAAUUGAUUGAAUAUAUACUAUAACCACGAGAUAGGAAAAAAACAGAUCAAGGACAGCAAGACACCUCGUGCCCAGAAGCACGUACAGGUACUUGUGUUUGGACGUGUUUAAGAAUUCCCCAAAUGAAAUAGCAUGUUUGAGCAGAGUUUUGGUUUGUGACACAUUGUAAAACCUGAGUUUGAAUUGCGCUGUUAUCCUUUCAAGGAGGAAGAACGCAAUCCCCCCUAUUAUCCUUAAACGAAUAAGAAAAAAAAUACCUAGCAAAGGUUUCUUUCGAAUUUGCAAUUCUAAAUUAAAUGAAUACCAUGGAUAAAAGUUAAAUGGCGUAGGGCGCAAAGUAAAAUGGACUAUAAUCGUAAAAUUUAAACGUAAUAAACAAACAAACAGAAUCAAUGGAUUAA